AUGUUAUCAUUUUUCGGUGAUCAAGCAGGCAAGCAGCCGAGACCAGUCACAACCGUUGUGUCCAAAGUGUCAGUGGUCAAAAAGGUAUCUUCUACUUCAACACCAUCAAGACCGGCGCAAUCAAGUGGUGCGAACUCAUAUUCAAGACCUUCAAACGUAUUCCUGAAAGUACCUUCAACGACAAGUAAUGGGAAGGGAACUUCGUCUUCUAGUAAAAAUGGAUCAUCCUCAUCCCCUCUGUCAAGACCAUCUCUGCUGAAAAAAGCAUCAUCAACGAAUUACAAUUCAUCGCGGAGUCCAAUAACGACUUCCAAGUCUUCGCCUGCCAGAUCACCUGCGCCAAAGCGAAAAGCAGCGCCGGAAGCUAGGAUAGAAAGCGAAUCUGAAAGCGAUUCGGACAGCUCAUCAAGCGAAGAUGCCCUAGAUCCAAAACCCAAAUUAAAACGUCGUAAAGGCAUAAACACAGGAACAUCCACACCAACUUUGGCAGAAGUCGAGACAAGAUCAGAUGGUUUCUGUUUGGAAGAGGUCGAUAUGCGCGGGGAAUAUAACAGAGGUUGGAUAGGGUUUGUAGGAUGUGAGGAGGUCUUACAAGGGGGAAGCAACGGCUGGGCUGGAGGUGGUGGAAAUGGCCAAAGUAAAGGACUAGAAAAGUACCAAGCUUAUUUUCCACAACCCGGUUUCGAGAAUGGCCCAGAGCCUCCUUCUGUAGAAUUGCUGUAUCCUGCUACAGGAUGUCGAGAAAAAUUCAUCCUCCUGACUCCUACUUCUCAAGGAGAGUUCAACCCGGUAUCGGAGCUGCGUACGACUCUCCGCUUGAUCUUAGAACACUAUAUUCCCCCUGAACACGCUCCAAUAUUCGGUACAUUAUCCGCCGAUUCUCUCUAUGAUCCUGUUGAAACACCUACCUCACUCCCAUCUCGACUGACUUCGCCAUUUGCUGGGUCCCUCGCUACCCCACCCCCAGAUCUGAUACCAACUGAAACGAUAGGUGACGCAUUGCGUAAAGCCCUUGCUUCGAAUAGGAGAGACGGACCAGGAUUUUUAAUUGCUAUGAAAAGGUAUAAUCAUGAGAUGGAAAAGCUACAGAAAACUGGUGCCAUGAAGACUUGGAUGAAAAAUAAAUCAAUGAAAGCAAGAGAAUGGUCAAAACUGGUCGACUCCGUUCAUGAAACUGCUUAUUCCAGAGUUGUAGGACCUUAUUCGAACGAGUUGGAACAUCACCCAAAGCAUCCCGCUGAGGUCGCCGAAGCUAUAACCGCAAAAGAAGAUGCUUACGGGGAGUUGAGGCAUAACUUCAUGAGUAAAUUGAUUGAGCAAACUGGUCUCGGUCCAGAUUCCGUUUUUGUGGAUCUAGGCAGUGGAGUCGGCAAUUGCGUUCUACAGGCUGCUCUCCAAGCAGGGUCGAAAAGUUACGGCUUCGAGCUUCUUCCUGUCCCAGCCCAUUGCGCGAGAUUACAGGUUCGAGAAGUACAAAGACGGUGGGCUAUGUGGGGCUUGAAAGGGAAUUUGGAAGUCGAAGUUCAUGAAGGGGAUUUCAGAUAUCAUCCACUCGUAGCGAAAAGGCUGAGAGAAGCCGAUAUUGUGCUUGUCAACAAUGAAGUUUUUCCCCCUUCACUCAACAUGGAUCUGUCAAAUAUGUUCCUGGAUCUGAAGGAAGGUGCAAAGAUUGUCAGUCUCAAACCCUUUGUUCCAGAAGGUUGGAGAAUGAAUGAAAGUAAUUGCGACACAUUCGCUGCUAUCGUAAAAUCAACUUCUCAUACAUAUCAUCAAGAUUGGGUUUCCUGGAAAGGCGUUUCCGGGACAUACUACGUGCAGAUCAUUGAUAGAAGUAAAAGAGCAAAAUUCGAAGAAGAAAUCAGCGGUAGAAGGAGGAGGUGA